CUGUGUUGCUGUUGUUUACAGGCAGGGAAGCGCCAUCUAUUUUUUAAAGAUAACAAAAUGGGGAGUAAUCAGCUAGCUGAAAUUCUUGAGAAUGCCGAGAUGGCUCGCGAAAAUGCGCUUCUUGGAAAUUACGACACAGCUGUUAUUUAUUAUCAAGGUGUUCUGCAGCAAAUCCAAAAGCGUAUGGUUCAAACUGGCGAAUCAAGCAGUAAACAGAAAUGGCAACUGGCAAGACAGGAAAUCGCAAAAGAGUAUGAAUAUGUGAAAGACAUCAGCCAAGUGCUAGCAAAUUUCAAAAGAGACACUUUCAGUCCAUCUGCACCUAUUCGGCAUGGUGGUUUUCAUGUUGAAGAACCAACUAGGGACCCUGAUGUAUGGCCUCCACCAACACCAGUUGAAAGAGAAAGCAGACCAGUAAGACCUGUUCAAAGACCAGUUGGAAGGAGUAACCGAAAUGAUGAUCACUCCCCAUCAUAUGCUAAGCCAUCCUCACGGCCUGCAGUUUCAAGAAAUAAAGCACCUUCAAGACAACAAAAGAAGUCAAAUGCACCUGCAAAACCUGGUGCUAAUGCUAAACCAAAGGUUGAUUCAGGAAUUAAAAACAAGAGAGAUGAAAAAGCUGUCAAUGAAGGGGAAGAGAAGAAAUUUGAUCCCUCAGGUUACGAUAAAGAUUUAGUAGAAUCAUUGGAAAGAGAUAUUGUUCAAAGGAAUCCGAAUGUGAGAUGGGAUGAUAUCGCUGACCUGACUGACGCUAAGAAGCUCUUACAGGAAGCUGUUGUCCUUCCACUUUGGAUGCCGGAGUUUUUCACUGGUAUUCGGAGACCCUGGAAGGGCGUUUUAAUGGUUGGUCCACCUGGUACAGGAAAAACCAUGUUGGCAAAAGCGGUAGCAACUGAGUGUGGGACAACAUUCUUCAACGUGACAUCAUCCACUUUGACUUCCAAAUACCGAGGAGAAUCUGAAAAGCUUGUCAGACUGCUCUUUGAAAUGGCUCGGUUUUAUGCGCCAAGCACAAUUUUCAUCGACGAAAUAGACUCAAUCUGCAGUAAACGUGGUAGUGACAGUGAACACGAGGCAAGCAGAAGAGUGAAGUCAGAGCUGCUAGUUCAAAUGGAUGGUGUUUCCGGGAACACAACGGAAGACGAUGCGUUGAAAGUCGUAAUGGUGCUGGCUGCUACGAAUUUCCCAUGGGAUAUUGACGAGGCUCUGCGAAGGAGGUUGGAAAAAAGGAUAUAUAUCCCUCUUCCUACGGUUGACGGUAGAGAAGAACUUCUCAAGAUCAAUUUGCGCCAGAUCAAAACUUCUGAUGACAUUGACAUGAAGCAGAUAGCAAGCGACACGGAAGGUUACAGUGGAGCAGAUAUUACAAAUGUUUGCAGAGACGCCUCCCUAAUGGUAAUGCGUCGCAGAAUCAUGGGCCUCACUCCGGAACAAAUCAGAAACAUUCCGAAGGAAGAACUUGAUAUUCCAAUAGCGAUGGAAGAUUUUAAAGAAGCGUUGAGGAAAGUAUCAAAAACUGUUUCCGAAGCUGAUUUGAAGAAGUAUAAGGAAUGGAUGACCGAAUUUGGGUCGUCCUAGGAAAUGAAAGAAACAAGUCAUAAUAUCGAACUAUGGCUGGGUAUGAAGCAACGGUCACUUGUGAUGGUUCGGCUCUGUAUGUUGUUUCGAUUUAGUCAUUUUCGUAUAUGAUUCUUUACAUUUUAUUUCCGUAGUCGAAUUCAGAACAUUGUCAGUUGAAUUUCAUAACAUAAAUGAGAAAAUGUUCAUGUUUCAA